CAUCGAUAUCACUGCUGCGGUAUCUCUUGCGCGCUGCGUCUAUAAUUUUUCCGUUCCUUUUUCUUUUAGAGUUGGAGGUCGCUUUGCAGAGGCGCAGCGUCUGAGUCGGACGGACACCUACCUCUCCGCACACACCCCAGUCGGAACGUCCUUCCUGCACGGACCGGUAAGUCCACUUCGAAUGUUUUGCCCGCGUACCUGUCUACCUACCUACCUCCCUACUGCACCGAGGCCAUAAAGUACCUGCCUACCUACUUUACGGUAAGGUCAAGGUACGCUUUGCUGUCUUUUCGCGUGCUGGACGGACACUCUCUGGACCCUCUUCCCGUCCCGUCCCACCAGUGGCCACCCCACAGCCCAGUCAGUGUGCGCUUUUUGGGUUACCUAGGUACCUUAGGUUCAAACUUGUUGCGCUGCAACUGGAGAAAUACCAGGCUGCUUCGUUCGCUAUUGGCGCCGGCCGCCGAUGCUGGCGCUGUGUGUGUCCGAAACUCGGCAUCUUUUUUCGUCUCACGCCUCUCUCUCUGCGUACCCUCGCUUCCCGCUCGCUUUCUCUCUCUCGCUCUCUCCCCCCCCCCCUCUCACACACACACACACACACACUUCUCUCUGCCUGGCCGACCCUCCCAAGCGUCCCCACCUCCGGCCCAUUGUCGAAUCAUCCCGGCUGAUCUCAUGUGAACACGAUUGCAGUAUCUUGUACCCUUCGAGGCUUCGACUUUCCCCAACUCCCUCCAACAAUCCAGCGACUGCUAGAUCGCCCCCAAGCCCGCCUACACACGGCUGUCAGCUCGGCAAUCACAAGUCCCGGUGGUUCGUCUCCUCGACCGCCGACAAUCUCACCGUCCUCUUUUUCUUUUUCUUCUUCCUCACUUUCCCUUUUACACUAUCUCGGUCUACGACAAACCCCUCUUGCUCUCCCGCACAAACCCUCUCGGAAUCUCGGUGCCUCCGAGUUGCAACCUUCUCCGAGCAGCACAGUUGAGUCCGACGGCCCAAUAUGGCGGAACUCGAUACCCUGGACAUCAUUGUCCUGGCCGCCAUCCUUUUGGGUACGGCCGCCUACUUCACCAAGGGUAAAUACUGGGGAGUCGUCAAGGACCCGUAUGCCAACGCCUUCGCCAACGCAAAUGGAGCCAAGGCCGGCAAGACGCGAAACAUCUUGGAGAAGAUGGAAGAGUCGGGCAAGAACUGCAUCGUCUUCUAUGGAUCCCAAACCGGUACCGCCGAGGAUUACGCCUCGAGACUCGCAAAGGAGGGCAAGAGCCGUUUCGGCCUCGAGACCAUGGUCGCCGAUCUUGAGGACUACGACUACGACAACCUCGACGCUAUUCCCAGCGACAAGGUCGUCAUGUUUGUUCUCGCCACCUAUGGCGAGGGCGAGCCCACCGAUAAUGCCGUUGACUUUUACGAGUUCAUCACCGGCGAGGACGUCUCCUUCUCCGAGGGCAAUGACCCCGCUCUGAGCAACCUCAACUUUGUCGCUUUCGGCCUUGGUAACAACACCUACGAACACUACAACUCCAUGGUUCGCAACGUCACAAAGGCUCUCGUGAAGCUCGGCGCCCACAAGAUCGGCGAGGCUGGCGAGGGCGAUGACGGCGCCGGCACCAUGGAGGAGGACUUUUUGGCCUGGAAGGACCCCAUGUGGUCUGCUCUCGCCGAGAAGAUGGGCUUGGAGGAGCGUGAGGCUGUCUACGAGCCCACCUUCAGUAUCCUGGAGCGCGAGGGCCUCGACGCAUCGUCCCCCGAGGUCUACGUCGGAGAGCCCAACAAGAUGCACCUCGAGGGCACCGCCAAGGGCCCCUUCAACGCUCACAACCCCUACAUCGCUCCCAUUGCCGAAUCCAAGGAACUCUUUAGCGUCAAGGACCGAAACUGCCUGCACAUGGAGGUCGACAUUAGCGGAUCCAAUUUGUCCUACCAGACCGGCGACCACAUCGCCAUCUGGCCCACGAACCCCGGCGAGGAGGUGGACCGCUUCCUGGACCUCGUCGGACUUACGGACAAGAGACACUCGGUCAUCAGCGUCAAGGCUCUCGAGCCCACCGCCAAGGUUCCUUUCCCUACACCCACCACGUACGAUGCCAUCAUCCGCUACCACCUCGAGAUCUGCGCCCCCGUCUCGCGUCAGUUCGUUUCCACCCUUGCCGCCUUCGCCCCUAGCGAAGACAUCAAGGCCGAGAUGGUCAGGCUUGGUGGCGAUAAGGAUCUCUUCCAUGAGAAGACGGGUGCUCACUUCUUCAACAUUGCCCGGUUCCUCGACUCUGUCAGCGGCGGCCAAAAGUGGACCAACAUCCCCUUCUCCGCUUGGAUCGAGGGUCUGACGAAGCUGCAACCCCGCUACUACUCCAUCUCCUCAUCGUCUCUGGUUCAGCCCAAGAAGAUCUCUAUCACCGCUGUCGUUGAGAACCAGACGCUCCCUGGCCGUGACGACGCGUUCCGCGGCGUCGCUACCAACUAUCUCUUGGCCCUCAAGCAGAAGCAGAAUGGCGACCCCGAGCCGACCGCCUUCGGCCUGACAUACGAAAUCACCGGCCCCAGAAACAAGUACGACGGAAUCCACGUCCCUGUCCAUGUCCGCCACUCCAACUUCAAGCUGCCCUCCGAUCCCUCCAAACCCGUCAUCUGCAUCGGUCCCGGCACCGGUGUCGCUCCUUUCCGCGGUUUCAUCCAGGAGAGAGCCAAGCUCGCUCGCGAGGGCGCCGAUGUCGGCCAGACGAUUCUCUUUUUCGGAUGCCGCAAGUCGACCGAGGACUUUUUGUACAAGGACGAGUGGGAGCAAUACAAGAAGGAUCUCGGCGACAAGUUCGAGCUCGUCACUGCAUUCUCCCGUGAGGGUCCCAAGAAGGUCUACGUCCAGCACCGCCUCAAGGAGCGUUCCGAGGAGAUCAAUAAGCUUCUCGAGAAGAAGGCCUACUUCUAUGUGUGCGGCGACGCCGCAAACAUGGCCCGCGAGGUCAACACCGUUCUCGCACAGAUCCUGUCAGAGCAGCGAGGCAUCUCAGAGGCCAAGGCGGAGGAGAUCGUCAAGAACAUGAGGGCAGCAAACCAGUACCAGGAGGACGUCUGGUCAUAGAUCCGGCCUCGGUCAUCGAGGCGAGGAUGUUAACGAACCAAGUAUUUCUGCGCAAACGAGAACAGGCGCACAUAGGGGGUCGUGUGCGUGGGGAUGUGCGCACGUCUUCUAUAAUAGCAUAGGGCGGCGUAUGUUGUGUGCAUGUUGGUCGGGAAUGGGACGAUCUGGGGAACUGUCUCGCGACCCUACACCCAGCCCAUCUACGUUUUUUGUGAGCAUUUCCGCGCACCGUCGGAGCAGAGCCAAUCUUGUCGAAGCCCUGCAAAGGAGAGGAAAGAGGGGCGGAGCUAAUUUGGUUCAAUGUGGCAUAUGACCUCUUUUAUUUUUUUUCUUGAGUUAUCGCCGGCCCUGCUAUUUGAGCUUGGACCGCAGCAGAGU